AAUUCUUACAGAAUUAUGUAAAAUGACACGAUCAUUAGUAUCCCCAAUAUUGACUAAAAAUUUUUUUAAAAGACUUUAAGGGCGUCACUAAAGGUCUAAUUACUGCAGUGUACUGGUAUUACACUCUGCAUGUAAUGAAACUAAAUGUUUGCUUCUUUUAUGGGGACAGGAAGAUGCGGUUAAGUCUUUAUUGAGCGCAUUCGCAGGUCUGUCAUGUUGAAUUUCAAAUAUUAAUUCAGCCGUGUUAGCUGUGUGCUCAUGUCACCUCUGUAAAUUUACAUUCCAUAAAAAACAGCAUUUGUGACUUCAUUAAGUUUUUACUUGCCAACUAACUGACCUGGUUUCUUCCUCCCAUCUCAUGUCCAAACAAUAUAAUUUCCCCCAGAUGUGAGUGAGCAGCGAAUCAUUUUGGGUCAUGGAGACGUGGAAUAUGACUGAUGUGCCAGCCACACCGUUCUCACCUCUGUCUAACUGCACUGUGGACACCAGCUACCGCUUCACCUUCUAUAAAGUGUCCUACAGCGUCAUCUUCUUGCUCGGGUUGGCCACCAACGGCGUUGCCCUGCGCAGACUAUGCCAGUCUCCCUGCACCAUCAACAGCACAGCCAUCUACAUGAUCAGCCUGUCAGCUGCCGACAUGUUUUUUGUCAUCUCUCUACCCCUGAGAAUCUACUACUACCACCAGAAAGCCAGAGCCUCCAAGACGGGGGAGUCCAGUUGGACGGCUGGUGCGGCGUACUGCCACCUCACUUUCACCGUCAAAUACAUCAGCCUGUACGGAAGCAUCUUCUUCCUGGUGUGCAUUGCUGUGGACCGUUACUUUGCUGUUGUGCACCCACUGGCUUCAGCACUCCGCAGGUUGCGUGUUGCACAGUUGGUAAGUGGGGGGAUCUGGUGCCUGGUGCUGGGGCUCAGUGUGGGCCUCCCUCUGCUGCGCUCUGCAGCCGCUCGCCACCACGAGCCCUGUCUGCUGGACCCGUCCUCCCAACGCCACCGCACCAUCAUCCUGUUAGCUCUGGGCUUAGUCUUUGGCUCGUUUCUGCUGCCCACUGUGCUGCUUCUCUACAGCUACUGCAGAGUGCUAAGUGUGCUACGCCAGCCAAGACGCCGCUCCCGCAGCCAGCGCCACAAUCGUCAGCACACUCUCAAGGUUAUUUACUGGGUGCUCGGGGUCUUCCUGCUGUGCUUCGUGCCCUAUCACAUCAACCUCCUGGGAUACACCCUCACACAUGUGGGGCUGCUGCCCCACUGUGGCCUGGCCAAGGUGACCAAGGCUGUGCACCCCGUGGUGCUAACUCUAGCAAGCUCCAACUGCUGCCUCAACCCAUUCAUCUACUAUUUCUCCAGCAGCAUGGGACACAAAGAGGUGCAUGGCGGUGGAGGCAGCGGCAGCCAGUGAUACUGAUCGUCACUGAAAAGGAAAGGUCUUUACUGGCCCCCCAAAGUGUAUUUUGGCAUCAACUGCAUUAGGCUGAACAGGUUUUCUGUGUUUACGUUAACACUGCUGAGGGCAGCACCUCUGGUCCGGUCAAAGAAGUUCCUUUGUAUCAAAACAACUUCAGCGUGUUUGUGAAAUAUUGAUGACAUUUCUCGCAUGUAGUGACUUUUUAAGGCUGCGUAAAUGCAGGUUUUUCCAUCCAUUUGAGUGCAGGUAGUGUGUUUGGGCGGCAGCAGUGCAGGCCGCAGCCACCUGCUACAGAGAAGUUGAGCUGGAUCCAACUUUUGGUGAAUCAGACAAUCAGAGCAGAACCUCCAUAUCCAGGUGGAUUCAUGGACUAAACUCUGAUACUCUACCUGUUGUGUUCUGGCUUUGUUUAUUUCAUGCACAGAGCUUCUCAAUUUGUGUCUGACUCGCAAAAUAGUGACACGAAGAAGUUUAAUUUGGUUUGUGUCCGACGGUUUGAGAGACAGCGAAAGGGGGAAAUCCUGUCUGAAUGAGUCUCAUUUGACAAAAUAAAGGUUAUGAUAAAACGGUAUGGAUGUAAACUCUGUUGGUUGUUUUGUUUUUUGUUUUUUAAAGCUGCUAUAUAAAUAAAGUUAUUAUCAAAAUACCGUAAUGUGAUAAAA